AUUACUACUACUGUCUACUACUACUACUACUUCGUAGCCCAAGCUUUCAAAUAAGUACUGUAUAGCAUAUUAUUAUAAUGAAUAGUAAUCGCUAAUCGUGUACUAAGUAGUACCUUACUAUCUCAGUAAUUAAAAGUUUCACUUUUUACAUUUUGGCGUUGUAUUAUUAUAAUAUAAGUGUAUCAAUAGUAUUUAAAUAUAUGAAUUUUAAACAAAAUAUUGUUUCUGGUUUCAUAAGUAAAUUCUCAACUUAAUUAUUUAAAAAAAAACUCGAAAAAUGUUUCAAAUUACAAGACGUAGUGCUAAAUUAUUUAGUACAAAUUGUAUUGCUUUAAGAAAAUAUGCAGAUAGCUCUAAUGUAGCAACUUUGAAAGGUGGUGAAAAUAUUUUGUAUUUGUCAUUACAAAAAAAAUUUCCUCAAGCCAAAGAAAUUAAAAUCAAAGAUAUUUCAGGUGGUUGUGGUGCAAUUUUUGAAGUAUUUAUUUCCACUAUAGAAUUCAAGGGAAUGAGUAUGGUGAAACAACACCAACUUAUUAAUGAAGUUUUAAAAGAUCAAAUUAAGUCAAUGCAUGGAAUACGAAUACACACAGAAAUACCUGCUGAAAAUAAUAAGUCAAAUUAAUUAUGUACUAGGUAUAAUUAAAAAAUAGUUAUUUUAAAAAGAAAACUAUUUUGUUAUUGUAUAAAUUGUUUUCUCUAGGAAUAUGUCUUAUGUGAGGAGACUAUAUAAUAUAGCUGUUUGAUAUUAUUGUUAUUUUAUUUUUACCAUUAUUAUAACAUAAUAUAUUAUUUAAUCAUA